AUGUCCAUAACCAAGCGCAGAACAUUCCUUCUCUUCUUCUUCAAGUGGGUUGCUGUUGAGAAAGUUAAAACAGAAGAGGGGAUUGUUUUGGAGAUGGGUUUUCGAGCAAGUAGAGUUUUUCAGCUGAAAUUGUAUGUUACAGUGACUGAGGAAGCAGCCAUGGGAGAAAAGCUCCAAGCUUUGACUUCAAAGCAAACAGCUUGGCAAUGA